CUAAAAUGGCCGUAUUACUGCAAAGGUUUGUUUCUUUAAUCUUACGUGGCACAAUAUAAAUACAUUGUGUUUUUAUGCUUCAUAAUAUCUAAUUGAAUAUGCUGUUAAAAGAGCACUAGUUCUCUUUGGAAAACUAUAUAUUUACUGUGAAUAAACGUAGAGAGUUCUACUACCAUGUAUAGACAGUCGAACUCUGGAAACAAAAUUGUGUACAGUGUGCUAAGAUGUGUUGUGCUUUUGCUGUGUGUGCUGUUGAUAUGUCAGGCUAGUCCUGAGCCUCCCAAUGUGGACCAGCGUGAAGAGGAUAUAGAGGCACUGCCAGAAGAAACAGUUCAUCAACAUCAUGCUGAUCUGUCAAAGGACACGGGCAAGACUCAAGGUGAAGAGCAGAAAAAUUCUGCAGAGUCUGUAGUUCAUGCAGAAGAUAAAUCUGGUAAGUUUACCAUUGAUUCUGAAAUAAAUCUCAAAUCUGAUUCAAAACAUGACCAAAAUCUCUUAAAUAAGGACAAUAGGUAUGAGCAGCAGCAUCAAUAUAAAGAACAGCAGCAGGAGACUCACCACAGAGACCAGGCUCAACAUCAUCAUGAUUCUAAACAGACGGUUUCGUCACCGCUAAAUAAAGAGGAUAAUGAUUUAAAACAGCAGCAGCAGAUUGAUAAGCAGGUCCUGGAGAAGCAACUUAAGGAUCGGGAACAACUUUUAAAUUCACAGCAGCAUGAACAACAGAGUCCUGGUAAAGACAAGUUUGACAAAGGACAGGAGAACUUGCAGUAUUCACAAGAAGAUGUUAAGCAGCAGACUGAGUCAUCUGUUCUGGAGCAGCAUCUUGGGGAUGAGGAACAACUGAUGCUUUCACAGCAACAUGUAGAGCACAGGCCAGACCAGCAUUUGUCCACAAAGGAUCGUGAUAAACAGGAACAGUGGUCAGAUUCACACCAGAAUGUAGAUCAGAGUCAUGAUCAGCAGAAUGCAGCUCAGUUAGAUUCACAUCAGGACCUAAAGAUAAAUACUGAUGAACUGCAUAAUAGGCACCAGGAGUCGCGACAGAAGCAAGUUUCAUUAAAUCAAGAGCAGCAUUCUUCUUUGCAUCCGGGGCACCAUGAACCAGACCUGCAGCAACAAGAUCAAGAGCAGCAUGUGUAUGAUGAACCAAAAUAUCGGCACCAUGGUUCACAAAAUCGGGUUCCAGUGGACCAACAGCAGCAUAUGUAUGAUGAACCAAAAUAUCAGCAUCAUGGUUCACAAAAUCAGGUUCCCUUAGAUCAACAGCAUCAGGUGUACGAUGAACCAAAAUAUCAGCACCAUGGUUCACAAAAUCAGGUUCCAAAUGACCAAGAGCAACAUAAACCGAAGCAUCAGCUUGGAGAUAUCAGAGAGGAACAUAUUUCAGAUCAUCAUGAGAGACCACAUACACCACAGGAGGGUCUACAGCAUACACCACAGCAUGACCAGCAAUCUCAUAAAUCUUUUCAGUCUGUGGAUAACCAACAGCAUGAAGAACAUGUAAAUCAACCACAAGAAAAACAACAGGGACAUGAAAAUCAGGUAGGUCCAGGUGACCAAAAGACAAAAGAAAAUCAGAAUAAGGAGUCAAUAGACUUUCAAAAUGAAGAGCUAGGUUUGCCAAGAGAUAACUUGAAAACACAAGACAAAAUUGAUGGUGAUGAUUUGACAAAACAGUUUAACAGAGAAAGGAAAAUACUGGAAAGUCUGAAGGAGCCAUUUGAUCGAAGUCUUCUUGACAUGAAAGCUGUAGAAACCAUUUUCAAGGAGGUGGACAACACAAAGAAAAUAACAAUUAUAUUAUAUAAACCUGAUGAAUUUGGUUUUGUUAGAUCAACUACUUACGUCCAGACCAUGAUGGCUGAUAACAAAGUGCACACAGAAUCUGAAACAAAGGUUGUCAAGCACAUACCAGAGCUUGUCACUCACAAGGACGUGCUUGAGAAGGAGCUGGCCAAGAUGAAAGAUAAACCUGUUAGCCCUGAGCCUCCCCCGGUUGCAGAAUCAGAACUGACACCUCAACAGAAACAGGCUCAAGAAUUAUUUUCUAAAGGAGAAGCACUAAUAAACUCAACUUUUGUCCAAGAUUACAGUCAGGCGUAUCUGUAUUUUCAACAAGCUGCAGACCUCAAUCACACCAGAGCCCUAGAGUAUGUUAGCUUUGGGUAUUUGUUUGGAGAUUAUUUGCCACAGAAUAUUACAAAGGCAAAGGAAAUCUUUGAAGAUUUAUCUUUGAGAGGUCACCCAAGGGGUCAGCUGGGUCUAGGAUUUCUGUAUGGUGCUGGUUUUAUUUUCAACUCCAGUCAAGCACGGUCGCUGGUGUACUUGACAUUCAGUGCUCUUGGUGGAGAACCUUUAGCUCAGAUGGCUUUGGGUUACCGCUACUGGUCAGGUGUCGGAGUGGAGAUGAAAUGUGAAACAGCUCUCACUCACUACAAGAAAGUAGCUGCUAAAGUUGCUGAUGCAGUGUCCAUCAGUGGAGGUCCCACAGUUCAGCGUAUUCGUCUACAGGAGGAGGCCGAGAGUCAGAGUGGAAACAGUCCACUGCUGGACGAUGAUCUGCUGCAGUACUACCACUUCCUGGCUGACAAGGGAGAUGUUCAGGCUCAGGUUGUACUGGGACAGCUGUAUUACCAGGGAGGUAGAGGAGUACCAGUCAACCAUGAGCAAGCGCAUCAUUACUUUCUGAUAGCUGCCGAAUCAGGAAAUGCUAAUGCUUUAGCCUACUUGGGGAAGAUGCACAGUGAAGGUAGCCCGGUUGUGAAGCAGAGUAACCACACAGCCAUGAGCUACUUCAAGUUUGCAGCUGACAAGGGCAACCCAAUAGGACAGAGUGGUUUGGGCCUGAUGUUCCUGCACGGUCACGGCGUGGAGAAAGAUCCCACCAAGGCGUUCCGCUACUUCACACUGGCUGCCGAUCAAGGCUGGGUCGAUGGCCAACUUCAGCUGGGAAUUCUCUACUUUAGUGGUAUUGGAGUUCGUCGAGACUAUAAGAUGGCAGUGAAAUACUUCAAUCUGGCAUCUCAAGGGGGUCAUGUGCUGGCCUUCUACAACCUUGCUCAGAUGCACGCCACAGGAACCGGCGUCCUCAGAAACUGUCACACAGCUGUUGAGCUGUACAAGAAUGUAGCUGAGCGCGGCCGGUGGUCGGAGAUGUUGAUGGACGCUCACCGGCUGUACAAGGAUGGACACGAAGACUCGGCCGUUAUUAAAUACAUGUUCCUCGCAGACCUCGGCUUCGAAGUGGCUCAGUCUAACGUGGCUUACAUCUUGGAUCGAGUUACCAGUGUGUUUGUUUCAGGUGAAACUCAUCAGUUUCCACAAUAUGAAACUUACCAGAGAGCUCUACUGCAUUAUACUCGAGCAGCCAGUCAAGGCUCAACUAUAGCCCGAGUGAAGAUGGGUGACUAUCACUACUAUGGGUUUGGCACAGAGAUAGACUAUGAAUCAGCUGCCACCCACUACCGGGUGGCUUCAGAACAGCAGCACAAUGCCCAGGCUAUGUUCAACCUUGGCUACAUGCAUGAGCGAGGACUGGGGCUCAAACAGGAUGUUCAUCUGGCAAAGAGGUUCUAUGAUAUGGCUGCGGAGACCAGCAUGGAUGCCCAGAUCCCAGUCACCAUGGCGUUGGUCAAACUUGGUCUCUUUUACGGUUCAGAGGUCUUCAGCAAAGAGUUUGAUGGGUACAGUAAAAUGGUGAAAGGACUGGAUCCACGACUCUUCCUUGGUCCAGACUGGGACUUAUAUUUAAUUACAUUUUUAUCAUUAGUUUUAGGUCUUAUCAUAUUACUAAGAACGGUGAGGUGACACUAGGGAGUAAUGUGAUAUUUAUAUGUUUCACUCUUGAUUAAACAGUAGAAUAUU